AUGCGGACCUUCCCGCCCUCCUUCCUCGCCCUCCUCGCCGCCGCGACACAGCUCCGCGCGCAGCAGCAGCACCACCCGACAGCAAUCCGCAAGAUGUCGCCCGACGAGGGCGAGAAGUUCUUCCCGGAGUACUACGCAUUCGGUCCCGCGCCAUCCUUGUCGCCGCUUCUCCCUCGCAACAUCCGCGCCACCAACGACGGUGAAGAAGAAGAAGAAGAUCCCGCCCUCCUCUCCAGCAACGCCACCAUCCCUUUCCAGCCACCGUACCCGCUCCACUACGACUACCACAGCGCUUCUUCAGAGCAAGACCCGGCCCUCCCCCCUCGCCGCGCGCGCGACGACGUCCUAGCCCGGCUGCGAGGGCGCCAGUUCGCGUGCCCGGCCGGCACGCACAGCUGCACGAACAUCGAGCAGCCGAACUACUGCUGCAACACGGGCACGACCUGCUUCGCGGUGACCGGCGCCCCCGAGUCCGGCAACGUGGGGUGCUGCCCGGAGGGGCAGACGUGCGGGUUGACGGUGGGCGCCUGCGCCGACGGCGCGACGAGCUGUCCGGCGGGUGUGGGCGGCGGGUGCUGCAUCCCGGGGUUCGUGUGCGCGGAUGUUGGGUGCAUCUCCAGCACCAUAACCCUAAUAACCUCCCCCCAAACAACCCUAACCUCCACCAUCCUCUCGACCCCCACCACCACCCUCCUGCCCCCCGCCCCCACCACCAUCAUCGUCACCGUCCUCGUGACCGUGACCCCCGCCGGCGGCGGCGCCCCCGUCCUCAGCACCACCACGCAGACCACCACCGCCUCCCCCUCCCCCUCCCCCCCCACAUCAACCAUCAGCAACGUCGGAGGCGGAGGCGGCAUCCCGCCCUACCGCCCCACGAGCGGCUCCUCCUCCACGGCUACCACGUCGGAGGCAACAAGCGCAUCCUACUGCCCGACGGGCUUCUACCCGUGCCUCGCCGUCCUCGGCGGCGGCUGCUGCCGCACGGGCCGCGACUGCGUGCCCACCUCGUGCCCGCCGGGCGUUUCUUCCGCGCCGAUGAUGACGACGGUCGUUGCGACGAACGGGGCGACGGUCGCGGUGCCCGUCACCGAUGCCGAGGCUGCUGCUGCUGCUGCUGGGGUGUUGGGGACGUCGACGUGUGCGGUGGGGUGGUUUAUGUGUGGCAGUAGUAGCAGUAGUAGCAGUAGUGAUGGUGCGACUGCGACUGCGGUGGUGGUGGGGGGAGUGUUGGGGGGAGAGGGAUGUUGUCCGUCGGGCUACGCGUGCGGGACGGCGAGCUGUACGCUGAGCGCUAGCACGGCGACGGCGACGGUUGCGAAGGCGUUGCCGAGUUCUGGCGGUGCUGCUGCUGCUGCUCUCCCUAAAGUAGGGGUGGUGGCGGUUGGGUUGGGGGUUGUUUUAGCUAUGCUGUGA